CUCUGUGUGAUACAGCUGAAUACUGAGUAUUAUUUAUUUAUUUAUUUAUAAUUGGCCUAAAAUCUUUACACCGUUGUAUAAAGGAACGCUUUUGUUGUAGUUCUAGACUAAGUGUAUACGGUCGGUUCACUAACAAACGUGGAAUAUAUUUAUCAUUUAGACUAUUGAACUGUGACUGUCAGUGACCAGCUGUAGAAAUAUCCAGUAGUUUAUUAUACAACAGCUUUUCUCGAUGGAGUGGCCUAAGUUUUAUCCAUCUCGCAUACCACUUUUCGCUGUCAUUCAUGCUUCAGUUUUGUGCGUAAUAAUGGUUUUCAUCGUAAUUUCUUAUGAUCAAAUACCAGUUGUUCCAUACGUCAGCUCUCUUGGUGUGAAUCCACCGGAAAAAUAUUUCUUUAUAUAUUCAUCGGGAGUAUUUGCAGUACUAAAUAUUAUAAGUCAAUGGUUUUGGUACUUAAUGAUGAGAAGAAGACUUGUGGAGAGAAAUGCUUGGUCAAUGGUCAGUGGACUCCUAUGCAUCAUCAUUCUAAUAGCUUUUGCAAUAUCAAGCAUAUCAAUCAUAGGAUUGGCUAUUAUUGAUACAAAAACUGACAAUCGUACACAUUAUCACUUAGCUUUAAUGAAUUUCUGUUCUCAUCUGAUUUCGAUUCCACUGGGUGCUCUGCUUAUUUUAUAUUCUUUCCGUCCAUGGAAAUGGUUUUUCUUGGCUAGAUUAAUUGUUUGGAUUCAGAUGAUUCUUGGUGCAUUUUUUUUCGUAUAUUUCAAUCAGAUUGGACUCUUAAUUAUGGAAGCGGAAGACGGCUUCCUUGUAAAACCACAUGAACCGGGAUAUGAGGAAUUUAAAUGGAGCGCAGUGGGCGAAUGGUUUGUAGUACUGGGAAUCAUAGAAACCUCAUUCAUCACCAGUUUAGAACUACGUAAUUACGAAAGAGAGAUUGCAUAUGGAUGGAGAAGGUCUACAAGGUCGUGGAGAGUUUAAUUAACUG